AUAUAGUGAAUGCAGGGACCGGGGAGACCAGAUAUAGUGAAUGCAGGGGUCGGGGAUAGCAAAUAUAGUGAACGCAGGGUCCGGGGAGGGCAGAUAUAGUGAAUGCAGAGUCCGGGGAGACCAGAUAGUGAAUGCAGGGUCCGGGGAGACCAGAUAUAGUGAAUGCAGGGUCCAGGGGAGACCAGAUAUAGUGAAUGCAGGGUCCGGGGGAGACCAGAUAUAGUGAAUGCAGGGUCCGGGGAGACCAGAUAUAGUGAAUGCAGGGUCCAGGGAGACCAGAUAUAGUGAAUGCAGGGUCCGGGGAGAGCA